AUGGAACUGUCAUAUGCUGCAACAGAAAUGACGGUUCAUACAGGCCUUAUCACUCAUAAGCAAACGCAUAACGCACCAUACUUCUGGGCGGCACAGUAUUUGCACAUAUCACAGUGUUUCAUGAAACAUACAGACAUAUUACAAUUCAUUCUUCGUUCCGCAUCUGCGACUCAUUUGGCUCCAUACACUGUAUCCAAGAUCCUGCCACCAUUGCAAGGUUUGGCUGUUGGAGUUGCAAAGCCGUGCAGUGGUGGUAAUAGUAGGACCCUUCGUGGCCAACGUUGGUAUCCGUCAGAUUGGGAUGAUACUGCGGAUUUUGAGGAGCAAAUGAGUGCGACCGACAUCUCUACCUCGAAUCUCAUUGCAUUCCAGGACAUGAAGCUCGCUAGCAAUGUAAUGUCUGAACAAAAAUCCUCUAGUGCUCAACAUCAAGCUGCUGUCACAAGCAGCACUGACAAGCCCGAUGACAGCAUCUCACUGGCACUUGCUGCACCGUUAUGGGCCAGCUCCUGA